ACUGUGCCCAGUGCCUGCAUACAAGCACUGCCAGCGUUAAGAGUCCAGGGAGGAGGAGGGAGAACAGUUCGGGCUGCCAGGAUGUCGUUUGGAGGGGGAACUCCUCAGCCGGCCAAAGUCUAUGACCUCAGAGAGGCAACCUCAUGAACAGAGCUUUCAGAACAUCUGGAAAGUUCCAUUGUUGGUGUCAUCCCCAUUAUGCUAUAAGGAAGUGUGAAUUUCAGACCAACUGGAUAGGAGAGGCACCCUUGGAGAAGCUGAAAGCUCUUUAUUCAUUUUUUAAAAAUAGCUACAAUUAGAGUGGACACCAUGGGUGACACGGAUUGCUCAUCUCAGAAGAUUGCCAAAAGUGACUCCAUACAUCACAUGAGCCACUCCCAGGGGCAGCCAGAGCUGCCCCCUCUGCCUGCUUCUGCUAAUGAGGAACCGUCUGGACUCUAUCAGACUGUCAUGUCACACAGCUUUUACCCGCCCUUGAUGCAACGCACAUCAUGGACCUUGGCUGCACCCUUCAAAGAGCAGCAUCACCACCGUGGACCUAGUGAUUCCAUCGCCAACAACUACUCCUUGAUGGCCCAGGACCUGAAGCUGAAAGACCUGCUGAAAGUCUACCAACCGGCCACCAUCAAUGUCCCUAGGGACAGGACCAGUCAGGGGCUGCCAUCAUCAGCAAAUAAAAGCUCAUCAGAGCCCAUGAGGAAGAAAACAAAGUUUUCCUCCAGAAACAAAGAGGAUUCCAGUAGGAUCAAGUUGGCCUUCAAGACGUCAAUCUUCUCACCCAUGAAGAAGGAGGUAAAGACAUCUUUGACGUUCCCAGGAAGCAGACCAAUGAGUCCAGAACAGCAGCUCGAUGUCAUGUUACAGCAGGAGAUGGAAAUGGAAAGUAAAGAAAAGAAGCCGUCUGAAUCGGACCUGGAGAGAUACUAUUACUAUUUGACCAAUGGCAUUCGCAAAGACAUGAUUGCCCCUGAGGAGGGUGAAGUGAUGGUUCGGAUUUCAAAGCUGAUUUCUAACACGCUGCUGACGAGUCCCUUCCUGGAGCCCCUGAUGGUGGUCCUCAUGCAGGAGAAGGAGAAUGACUAUUACAGUAGCCUCAUGAAAAGCAUCGUUGAUUACAUCCUCAUGGACCCAAUGGAGAGAAAACGGCUCUUUAUUGAGAGCAUCCCCCGCUUGUUUCCUCAAAGAGUGAUCCGGGCCCCUGUGCCCUGGCACAGUAUCUACAGGAGCGCCAAGAAGUGGAACGAGGAGCAUCUGCACACGGUGAACCCCAUGAUGCUCAGGCUGAAAGAACUGUGGUUUGCAGAAUUCAGAGACCUCAGGUUUGUUCGAACGGCAGAAAUACUAGCGGGAAAAUUGCCUCUGCAGCCUCAGGAAUUUUGGGAUGUGAUCCAGAAACACUGCCUGGAGGCGCACCAGACUCUUCUCAACAAGUGGAUCCCCACCUGCGCCCAGCUUUUUACCUCACAGAAGGAGCACUGGAUUCAUUUUGCUCCCAAGAGCAACUAUGACUCCUGUCGAAACAUUGAGGAAUAUUUUGCUUCCGUGGCAUCGUUCAUGUCGCUGCAGCUCAGGGAGCUGGUCAUUAAGUCGCUUGAGGACCUCGUUUCCCUUUUCAUGAUACACAAAGAUGGGAAUGAUUUUAAGGAGCCCUACCAAGAGAUGAAGUUUUUCAUACCUCAGCUAAUCAUGAUCAAACUUGAAGUCAGUGAACCCAUUAUUGUCUUCAAUCCAUCUUUUGAUGGCUGCUGGGAAUUAAUACGUGACUCUUUCCUGGAAAUUAUUAAGAACUCUAAUGGGAUCCCCAAGGUGGAAUCUGUCCUGUUCCCAGAGCUGAAAGGAUAUAAUCUGAUCCUUGGAACUGUUAACGCAGAAGAAAAACUUGUUUCUGAUUUUUUGAGUCAAACUUUCAACAUAUUUCAGAAAAAUCAAGUUGGCCCCCGCAAAUAUUUAAAUGUCUACAAAAAGUAUGAUGACUUAUUGGAUAACACGGCGGAGGAAAACAUCGCUGCGUUCCUGAAAGAAAAUCAUGACAUUGAUGAUUUUGUGACGAAGAUCAAUGCCAUAAAGAAACGGAGAAAUGAAAUUGCAUCCAUGCACAUCACCGUGCCUUUAGCUAUGUUCUGCCUUGACGCUAUGGCCCUAAAUUAUGAUCUCUGUGAGCGAGCUCAAAAUCUUAAAGACCAUCUGAUUCAAUUCCAAGUGGAUGUAAACCGAGACACCAAUACCAGCAUUUGUAAUCAGUACAGCCACAUCGCAGACAAAGUCAGUGAGGUUCCUGCCAACACUAAGGAGCUGGUAUUCCUCAUUGAAUUCCUAAAGAAAUCCAGUGAUGUCACUGUGUUCAAACUCAGGCGGCAACUCAGAGACGCAAGUGAACGGCUGGAGUUCCUGAUGGACUAUGCAGACUUGCCGUAUGAGGACAUCAAAUUGAACAGCACUCUGUUCCUCUGGCCAGACCAGAUUGAAGAUAUCUUUGAAAACAGCCGGAACUUGCUGCUUCAUAAGAGGGAUCAGGCAGAAAUGGAUCUGAUUAAAAGAUGCUCAGAAUUUGAGUCAAGACUUGAGGGCUACCACAGAGAACUGGAAGGUUUUAGGAAACGUGAAGUGAUGACUACAGAAGAAAUGAAGCACAAUGUUGAAAAGCUUAAUGAGCUUUCAAAGAACCUAAAUGAGGCGCUUGCAGAGUUUGAGUUGGUCAAUAAGGAGGAAGAGCUAUUGGAAAAGGAGAAGAGUACCUACCCUCUUCUGCAGGCCAUGCUGACGAACAAAGUACCUUAUGAGCAGCUGUGGUCAACAGCCUAUGAGUUCAGCACCAAGUCGGAGGAAUGGAUGAAUGGACCCCUCUUCUUACUGAAUGCUGAGCAAAUUGCGGAGGAGAUAGGGAAUAUGUGGAGGACAACGUAUAAACUGAUCAAGACCUUAUCUGAUGUGCCUGCACCCAGGCGCUUAGCAGAGAAUAUGAAGAUCAAGAUCGAUAAGUUUAAGCAGUACAUUCCCAUCCUCAGUAUUUCCUGCAACCCAGGAAUGAAAGACCGGCACUGGCAGCAGAUCAGUGAGAUUGUCGGCCAUGAGAUAAAGCCCACCGAAACGACCUGCCUCUCAAAUAUGCUCGAAUUUGGAUUCGGCAAAUUCGUUGAAAAAUUGGAGCCCAUUGGUGCAGCCGCCAGCAAGGAAUACUCUCUGGAGAAAAACUUGGAUAGAAUGAAGUUGGAUUGGGUUAAUGUGACGUUCAGCUUCAUUAAAUACAGGGACACUGAUACAAGCAUCUUGUGUGCAACUGAUGACAUUCAAAUGCUACUCGAUGAUCACGUGAUAAAGACCCAGACCAUGUGUGGCUCCCCAUUCAUCAAACCAAUAGAAGCAGAAUGCCAGAAAUGGGAAGAAAAGCUAAUUCGCAUACAAGACAAUUUGGAUGCCUGGUUGAAAUGCCAAGCCACCUGGCUGUACCUGGAGCCAAUCUUCAGUUCAGAGGACAUCAUAGCCCAGAUGCCAGAAGAGGGGAGGAAAUUUGGCAUUGUUGAUAGUUACUGGAAAUCACUUAUGUCCCAAGCGGUGAAAGAUAACAGGGUUCUGGUGGCAGCUGACCAGCCACGGAUGGCCGAGAAGCUUCAAGAAGCCAACUUUCUCUUGGAGGACAUCCAGAAAGGGCUGAAUGAUUACUUGGAGAAGAAGAGACUAUUCUUCCCCAGGUUCUUCUUCCUAUCAAAUGAUGAGCUGCUGGAAAUCUUGUCUGAGACAAAGGACCCUCUCCGAGUGCAGCCGCACUUGAAGAAGUGCUUUGAAGGAAUAGCCAAGCUUGAGUUUACAGACAAUCUGGAAAUUGUGGGCAUGAUCAGCUCGGAAAAAGAAACUGUUCCGUUCAUACAGAAAAUCUACCCAGCUAAUGCCAAGGGCAUGGUGGAAAAGUGGCUCCAGCAGGUGGAGCAGAUGAUGCUGGCCAGUAUGCGAGAAGUCAUUGGACUCGGGAUUGAAGAAUAUGUCAAGGUCCCUCGAAAUCACUGGGUCUUACAGUGGCCUGGACAGGUGGUUAUCUGUGUCUCCUCCAUCUUUUGGACCCAGGAGGUGUCCCAAGCCCUGGGGGAAAACACCUUACCGGAUUUUCUGAAAAAGAGCAAUGAUCAGAUUGCACAGAUUGUCCAGCUGGUGCGAGGGAAGCUGAGCAGUGGAGCUCGACUCACUCUCGGGGCCCUCACGGUCAUCGAUGUCCACGCCCGCGACGUGGUGGCCAAGUUAUCUGAGGACAGGGUCUCUGAUCUGAAUGAUUUCCAAUGGAUCUCACAGCUGCGCUACUACUGGGUGGCCAAGGAUGUGCAGGUGCAGAUUAUCAGCACAGAAGCCUUGUAUGGCUAUGAGUACCUGGGAAACUCCCCCCGGCUGGUGAUCACACCCCUCACCGACCGCUGCUACAGGACACUGAUGGGAGCUUUGAAGCUGAACCUUGGGGGUGCUCCAGAGGGUCCAGCUGGGACUGGCAAGACAGAAACCACCAAAGAUUUGGCCAAAGCCUUGGCUAAGCAGUGUGUGGUCUUCAACUGCUCCGAUGGUUUGGAUUACAAAGCUAUGGGGAAGUUCUUCAAGGGGCUGGCACAGGCUGGAGCAUGGGCGUGCUUUGAUGAGUUCAACAGGAUCGAGGUGGAAGUGCUGUCUGUGGUUGCUCAGCAGAUCCUCAGCAUCCAACAAGCCAUCAUUCGGAAGCUAAAGACAUUCAUCUUUGAAGGCACUGAGCUCUCUCUGAACCCAACCUGCGCUGUGUUCAUCACCAUGAACCCCGGGUAUGCUGGCAGGGCUGAACUGCCCGACAACCUCAAGGCCUUGUUCCGGACAGUGGCCAUGAUGGUCCCAGAUUACGCCCUCAUUGGAGAAAUCUCCCUCUACUCCAUGGGGUUUCUGGACUCCAGAAGUCUUGCCCAGAAGAUCGUCGCGACCUACCGCCUGUGCUCGGAACAACUGUCCUCUCAGCAUCACUAUGACUACGGCAUGCGCGCUGUCAAGUCUGUGCUUACUGCCGCAGGAAACCUGAAGCUCAAGUAUCCAGAGGAGAAUGAAAGUGUCCUGCUUCUCCGGGCAUUGCUUGAUGUCAACCUGGCCAAGUUCUUAGCGCAAGAUGUGCCUCUGUUCCAGGGAAUUAUAUCCGAUUUAUUUCCUGGAGUUGUUCUUCCAAAGCCAGACUAUGAAGUUUUUCUGAAAGUGCUGAAUGAUAACAUCAAAAAGAUGAAACUCCAGCCAGUACCUUGGUUUAUAGGGAAAAUUAUCCAGAUCUACGAAAUGAUGCUGGUGAGACAUGGCUAUAUGAUUGUGGGAGACCCCAUGGGUGGCAAGACCUCUGCUUAUAAAGUGUUGGCUGCAGCUCUCGGCGAUUUACACGCAGCCAAUCAGAUGGAGGAGUUUGCUGUGGAGUACAAGAUCAUCAACCCCAAGGCUAUCACAAUGGGGCAGCUGUAUGGAUGCUUUGACCAAGUGAGCCACGAGUGGACGGAUGGUGUCCUUGCCAAUGCUUUCCGGGAGCAAGCGUCUUCACUCUCUGAUGAUCGCAAGUGGAUUAUAUUUGAUGGGCCAGUGGAUGCUGUUUGGAUUGAAAAUAUGAACACUGUUCUGGAUGACAAUAAAAAGCUGUGUCUCAUGAGUGGGGAAAUUAUCCAGAUGAACUCCAAGAUGAGCCUGGUCUUUGAGCCGGCCGACCUCGAGCAAGCCUCUCCAGCCACUGUGAGCAGGUGUGGGAUGAUCUACAUGGAGCCCCAUCAACUAGGCUGGAAGCCCCUGAAGGAUUCCUACAUGGACACCCUGCCCUCCAGUCUCACCAAGGAGCACAAGGAAUUGGUCAAUGACAUGUUCAUGUGGCUUGUCCAGCCCUGCCUGGAAUUUGGUCGCCUUCAUUGUAAAUUUGUUGUCCAAACGUCUCCCGUCCACCUUGCCUUCUCAAUGAUGAGACUGUACUCUUCUCUGCUUGAUGAAAUCAGGGCAGUAGAAGAGGAGGAAAUGGAAUUAGGUGAAGGCCUGUCAAGUCAACAAAUCUUUCUCUGGCUCCAAGGACUGUUUCUCUUUUCCUUGGUGUGGACCGUGGCUGGCACCAUCAACGCAGACAGCAGAAAGAAAUUUGAUGUGUUUUUCCGCAACCUGAUCAUGGGCAAGGAUGAUAACCACCCAAGGCCCAAAAGCGUCAAACUCACCAAAAACAACAUCUUUCCAGAAAGAGGAAGCAUCUAUGAUUUUUAUUUUAUCAAACAAGCAAGUGGACGUUGGGAAACGUGGACACAGUAUAUCACCAAAGAGGAGGAAAAAAUUCCAGCUGGUGCAAAGGUCUCAGAACUCAUCAUCCCCACAAUGGAGACAGCCCGGCAGUCCUUCUUCUUGAAAACCUACUUAGACCAUGAGAUUCCAACGCUGUUCGUGGGUCCCACAGGCACUGGCAAAUCAGCCAUCACCAACAACUUCCUUCUCCACCUUCCCAAAAAUACGUACCUACCCAACUGCAUCAGUUUCUCUGCCAGAACCUCAGCCAAUCAGACCCAGGAUAUCAUCAUGUCCAAGCUGGAUCGACGACGGAAGGGCCUUUUCGGGCCUCCCAUAGGGAAGAAAGCAGUGGUGUUUGUGGAUGACCUCAACAUGCCAGCCAAAGAGGUGUACGGGGCCCAGCCCCCCAUCGAGCUCCUGAGGCAGUGGAUUGACCAUGGUUACUGGUUUGACAAGAAAGACACAACCAGGCUGGACAUCGUGGACAUGCUGCUCGUGACAGCCAUGGGGCCCCCCGGGGGAGGAAGGAAUGACAUUACUGGACGAUUCACUCGCCAUCUGAAUAUCGUUUCCAUCAAUGCCUUUGAGGAUGACAUUUUAACCAGGAUUUUCAGUUCGAUUGUUGACUGGCACUUCGGGAAAGGGUUUGAUGUGAUGUUUUUAAGGUAUGGAAAGAUGCUGGUCCAAGCUACUAAGACAAUUUAUAGAGAUGCAGUGGAGAACUUCUUGCCAACUCCCUCGAAGUCACAUUACGUCUUUAACCUGCGGGACUUCUCACGAGUAAUUCAAGGGGUCCUGCUGUGCCCUCACACACACCUGCAGGAUGUAGAAAAAUGUAUCCGGCUUUGGAUCCAUGAGGUUUAUCGGGUCUUCUAUGACCGUCUGAUUGACAAGGAGGACAGACAGAUCUUCUUCAACAUGGUGAAGGAAACCACCUCCAAUUGCUUCAAGCAGACCAUAGAGAAGGUGCUUAUCCACUUGUCACCCACUGGAAAGAUUGUCGAUGAUAACAUUCGAAGCCUCUUCUUUGGAGAUUAUUUCAAGCCAGAAAGUGACCAAAAAAUCUACGAUGAGAUCACUGACCUGAAACAGCUGACUGUGGUCAUGGAGCACUAUCUGGAAGAAUUCAACAACAUCAGCAAGGCCCCCAUGUCCCUGGUCAUGUUCAGGUUUGCCAUUGAGCACAUAUCCAGGAUCUGCCGCGUCCUGAAGCAAGACAAAGGCCACCUGCUGCUGGUGGGCAUAGGGGGCAGCGGGCGGCAAAGUGCCACCAAACUGUCCACAUUCAUGAACGCAUAUGAGCUAUACCAGAUCGAGAUCACCAAGAACUACACGGGCAAUGACUGGCGAGAAGAUCUUAAGAAGAUCAUGCUGCAGGUCGGCGUGGCCACCAAGAGCACCGUGUUCCUCUUCGCUGACAACCAGAUUAAGGACGAGUCGUUUGUGGAGGACAUCAACAUGCUUCUGAACACGGGCGAUGUGCCUAACAUCUUCCCUGCUGACGAGAAGGCAGACAUCGUGGAGAAGAUGCAGACGGCAGCCAGGACCCAAGGAGAGAAGGUUGAAGUCACUCCUCUUUCUAUGUAUAACUUCUUUAUUGAGAGGGUGAGAAAGAACCUUCACAUUGUCCUUGCCAUGAGUCCGAUUGGGGAUGCCUUCAGGAACCGCCUGCGGAUGUUCCCUUCGCUAAUCAAUUGCUGUACGAUUGAUUGGUUCCAGUCCUGGCCCACGGAUGCCUUAGAGUUGGUGGCUAACAAAUUUCUAGAGGAUGUGGAGCUUGAUGACAACAUUCGGAUAGAGGUCGUCUCCAUGUGCAAAUAUUUCCAAGAGAGCGUCAAGAAGCUGUCACUCGAUUAUUACAACAAACUUCGAAGACACAACUAUGUUACCCCCACCUCCUACCUCGAAUUGAUUCUAACCUUCAAGACGCUCCUGAAUAGCAAGAGGCAAGAGGUGGCUAUGAUGAGGAACCGCUACCUGACAGGCUUGCAGAAACUCGACUUUGCAGCUUCACAGGUAGCGGUCAUGCAAAGAGAACUGACAGCUCUUCAACCUCAACUCAUCCUCACCUCUGAGGAAACUGCCAAGAUGAUGGUGAAAAUUGAAGCGGAGACAAGAGAAGCUGAUGCAAAGAAACUUCUGGUGCAGGCAGAUGAAAAAGAAGCCAAUGCUGCUGCUGCCAUUGCCCAAGGAAUCAAGAACGAAUGUGAGGGGGACCUAGCUGAGGCAAUGCCUGCACUCGAGGCUGCACUAGCUGCUCUGGACACCCUGAACCCAGCCGACAUCUCGCUGGUGAAGUCGAUGCAGAACCCACCAGGCCCUGUCAAACUGGUCAUGGAGAGCAUCUGCGUCAUGAAAGGGAUGAAGCCAGAGAGGAAGCCAGACCCCGGUGGCUCCGGUAAGAUGAUAGAAGAUUACUGGGGGGUAUCCAAAAAGAUUCUUGGGGAUCUGAAAUUUUUGGAGAGUCUUAAGACAUAUGACAAAGACAACAUCCCCCCGCUGACCAUGAAGCGGAUCCGGGAAAGGUUUAUCAAUCACCCGGAAUUCCAGCCGGCUGUCAUUAAAAAUGUAUCGUCGGCCUGCGAGGGUCUGUGCAAGUGGGUGAGGGCCAUGGAGGUGUACGAUCGCGUGGCCAAGGUGGUGGCUCCCAAACGGGAGCGACUGAGGGAGGCAGAGGGGAAGCUGGAUGCACAGAUGCAGAAGCUGAACCAGAAACGAGCAGAGCUGAAGCUGGUGGUAGACAGGCUCCAGGCCCUGAAUGACGAUUUUGAAGAGAUGAAUACCAAGAAAAAGGACUUGGAGGAAAACAUUGAAACCUGCUCCCAAAAGCUGGUCAGGGCAGAGAAACUGAUCAGCGGUCUUGGGGGAGAGAAGGACAGAUGGACCGAAGCUGCCCAGCAGCUGGGGACCCGCUAUACUAAUCUGACGGGUGAUGUGUUGCUGUCCUCAGGAACCGUGGCUUACCUGGGCGCUUUUACGGUGGAUUAUCGGGUCCAGUGCCAAAAUCAGUGGUUGGCUGAAUGUAAGGACAAGGUCAUCCCUGGCUCCAGUGACUUCAGUCUCAGCCACACGUUAGGGGAUCCCAUAAAAAUCCGUGCGUGGCAGAUUGCUGGGCUUCCCGUUGACUCCUUCUCCAUUGACAACGGCAUCAUUGUGUCCAAUUCCAGACGCUGGGCCUUAAUGAUUGACCCUCAGGGGCAGGCCAAUAAAUGGAUUAAGAACAUGGAGAAGGCAAAUAAACUGGCUGUCAUCAAGUUCUCUGAUAGCAACUACAUGAGGAUGCUGGAAAACGCGCUGCAGUUAGGCACCCCUGUCUUGAUUGAAAAUAUUGGAGAAGAGCUGGAUGCUUCUAUCGAACCUGUCUUGCUCAAGGCAACAUUCAAACAGCAAGGAGUUGAGUACAUGAGGCUGGGUGAAAACAUCAUCGAAUAUUCCAGGGAUUUUAAGUUAUACAUCACAACCCGUUUGAGGAAUCCACAUUACCUCCCAGAAGUUGCCGUGAAAGUCUGUCUCCUCAACUUCAUGAUCACUCCCUUGGGUCUCCAAGAUCAACUCCUUGGCAUCGUGGCUGCGAAGGAGAAGCCAGAGCUGGAAGAGAAAAAGAACCAGUUGAUUGUGGAAAGUGCCGAGAACAAGAAGCAUCUCAAGGAAAUUGAAGAUAAGAUCUUGGAGGUUCUCUCCAUGUCCAAGGGUAACAUCCUGGAGGAUGAAACCGCCAUCAAAGUUCUGUCCUCCUCCAAAGUGCUAUCUGAAGAGAUCUCAGAGAAACAGAAAGUUGCUUCCAUGACAGAAACGCAGAUUGACGAGACUCGGAUGGGCUACAAGCCAGUGGCUGUGCAUUCCACCACCAUCUUCUUUUGUAUCUCGGACCUGGCCAACAUCGAGCCGAUGUACCAGUACUCCCUGACUUGGUUCAUAAAUCUCUACAUGCAUUCCUUGGCUCAUAGCACGAAGAGCGAAGAACUGAAUCUGCGCAUCAAGUACAUCAUUGACCAUUUCACCCUGAGCAUCUACAACAACGUGUGCCGUUCUCUGUUUGAGAAGGACAAGCUACUCUUCUCUCUCCUUCUGACCAUCGGCAUCAUGAAACAGAAGAAGGAAAUUACAGAGGAGGUGUGGUACUUCCUUCUCACUGGAGGCAUCGCACUGGAUAACCCCUACCCCAACCCAGCUCCCCAGUGGCUGUCAGAGAAGGCGUGGGCAGAGAUUGUCCGUGCAUCUGCCUUACCCAAACUGCACGGCCUGAUGGAGCAUUUGGAACAGAACCUGCAUGAAUGGAAGCUGAUCUAUGACUCGGCCUGGCCCCAUGAGGAGCAACUCCCUGGGUCUUGGAAGUUCUCUCAAGGAUUGGAGAAGAUGGUGAUCCUCCGAUGUUUGCGGCCUGACAAAAUGGUGCCAGCGGUCCGGGAGUUCAUUGCUGAACACAUGGGAAAGCUAUACAUCGAAGCCCCUGCGUUCGAUCUCCAGGGAUCCUACAAUGAUUCCAGCUGCUGUGUGCCUUUGAUUUUUGUGUUGUCUCCAAGUGCAGAUCCAAUGGCAGGCCUGCUGAAAUUUGCUGAUGAUCGUGGUAUGGGAGGUACCAGAACACAGACCAUCUCCCUUGGCCAAGGCCAAGGCCCUGUUGCUGCCAAAAUGAUCAACAAUGCCAUCAAAGACGGGACCUGGGUGGUCUUACAGAACUGCCAUCUGGCCACAAGCUGGAUGCCUACACUGGAGAAGAUUUGUGAGGAGGUGAUUGUUCCUGAGAGCACCAAUGCCAGAUUCAGACUCUGGCUAACCAGCUAUCCAUCAGAGAAGUUUCCGGUCAGCAUUCUCCAGAAUGGAAUCAAAAUGACCAAUGAGCCCCCCAAAGGGCUCCGGGCCAACCUGUUGCGCUCCUACCUCAAUGACCCCAUCUCAGAUCCUGUGUUCUUCCAAAGCUGCGCAAAGGCGGUGAUGUGGCAAAAGAUGUUAUUUGGCCUUUGCUUCUUCCACGCCAUUGUUCAAGAGAGAAGAAACUUCGGCCCCCUAGGGUGGAAUAUUCCCUAUGAAUUCAACGAAUCUGACCUGAGGAUUAGUAUGUGGCAGAUCCAGAUGUUUCUCAAUGACUACAAGGAGGUGCCCUUUGAUGCUCUGACCUACCUGACAGGGGAAUGUAAUUACGGAGGCAGAGUGACUGAUGACAAAGACCGGCGUCUCCUGCUGUCACUUCUGUCCAUGUUCUACUGUAAGGAAAUUGAGGAGGACUAUUACUCCCUUGCUCCUGGAGACACUUACUACAUCCCUCCUCAUGGCUCCUACCAGUCCUAUAUCGACUAUCUCAGGAACCUCCCCAUCACAGCCCACCCAGAAGUGUUCGGCCUCCAUGAGAACGCAGACAUCACCAAAGACAACCAGGAAACCAACCAGCUGUUUGAGGGGGUCCUGCUGACCCUCCCUAGACAGUCAGGAGGAAGUGGCAAGUCCCCUCAGGAAGUGGUUGAGGAGUUGGCGCAAGACAUUCUCUCCAAGCUUCCCAAAGACUUUGACCUGGAAGAGGUCAUGAAGUUGUACCCCAUGGUCUAUGAGGAAUCCAUGAACACCGUCCUAAGGCAGGAGCUCAUCAGAUUCAACAGGCUGACCAAAGUGGUUCGGAGGAGCCUCAUCGAUCUUGGCCGAGCCAUCAGAGGACAGGUCCUGAUGUCCUCGGAGCUAGAGGAAGUCUUUAACAGCAUGCUUGUGGGUAAAGUGCCAGCCAUGUGGGCAGCCAAGUCUUACCCAUCACUGAAGCCCCUGGGGGGCUACGUGGCUGACCUGCUGGCCCGCCUGACCUUCUUCCAGGAAUGGAUUGACAAGGGGCCCCCUGCAGUAUUUUGGAUCUCUGGAUUCUACUUCACACAGUCUUUUUUGACUGGCGUCUCUCAGAAUUAUGCCCGGAAAUAUACCAUCCCCAUUGACCACACUGGAUUUGAGUUUGAGGUAACCCCACAAGAAACAGUGAUGGAGAAUAACCCCAAAGAUGGGGCCUACAUCAAAGGGCUCUUCUUAGAAGGUGCCCGUUGGGACAGGAAAACGAUGCAGAUUGGGGAAUCUCUCCCCAAAAUCCUCUAUGACCCACUGCCCAUCAUUUGGCUGAAACCUGGAGAGAGCGCAAUGUUUCUGCAUCAGGACAUUUAUGUGUGUCCAGUCUACAAAACAAGUGCCCGCAGAGGAACCCUCUCCACCACAGGCCACUCUACCAACUAUGUCCUCUCCAUUGAGCUUCCAACAGACAUGCCCCAGAAGCACUGGAUAAACCGAGGGGUGGCCUCACUUUGCCAGCUGGAUAACUGAUGGCAUUUGUCUCAAGGCAGAAAAUAAAAAGCAUUUCAUUCUU